AUGGAGACCGUCUAUCUGCCGCAUUUGCCCUCCCACCCUCUCCACAUCUGCCUGUUCGAGCAGGUCCAGAAUGCGGCUUUCCUACGCCGGCAGCUAUUGGAGGGCAACACAGACUUUGAAUACGCACUUAUAGACGCCUCCGUCUUGCUAUCGAAGAACCAUGUCUUGGCGAGCUGCUUCCGAUCGAUCAACGAUCUGCUGAACCAACGCCUAAAGACUCGCAAUGUGCACUCUGAAAUCGUAUUCGCAUUGUCGCCCAAUAGCAAUAUUGCUGAAUCGUUCCGACGAUUCGGUCUCUCAGACGACAGCAAGAACAUCGUUGCGAUCAAAGUCGGAGGAGAUCGAGCCAAGGUCGAGGAGCAUCUUCUGGGGAAUGUCGAAGGAAAGGCGGUGGAACUGACUGAUGAAGCGUUAGCUGGGAUGCACGAUGCAGCGAGGAUCAGGAAGAUUUACCGGCUAGAGGCCCCAAAGAAAGGCGAGGUGAACGUGUUGAGCAGGGAGUCUGAGGCGCUGUUGCUUGGUAGCAUGGCGCUCAAGGGCUCAUGA